GCACAUGCACACCCACUCGCACAGGCACCAAGCAGAAGCAAAAGAGACGCGAUCACUUGUCUCCAUUCAGUGUGCACACGCGUGGAAUUUGGGGAGAGAUGUCGGGGGGCGGCUGGGGCGCGACUGGACUGCUUCUGUUCGCGGUUUGGGUCAAGGUUUUCGUGUGGGCCGACAAUGGAGAUGCAGUGUUCAUUCGAGAGUUCACCCUAAUUCGACCAGACCACUUCUCCGAGGAGCCUCCCCACGACACCAGCCAAAAACCUGAGGAUCCGAGCUCACGGACGGCCCGUUCGGAAGAGGACCGAGACACUCUGUGGGACGCCUGGGGCUCGUGGAGCGAAUGUUCCCGUACCUGCGGAGGAGGAGCGUCGUAUUCCCUGAGACGAUGUCUCAGUUCCAAACGCAAAGCGUCAUGUCCUUGCACUUUGACGUCAUCUUUCGCUCAGGACUGCCCCGUGGAUUCCGGAGACUUCCGGGCUCAGCAGUGUUCCGCCCACGCCGACGUCCGCUACCAGGGCCAGUUCCACGAGUGGCUGCCUGUAUACAACGACCCGGACAACCCGUGCGCCCUCAAAUGCAAAGCGAAGGGGUCCGGGCUGCUGAUGGAGCUGGCGCCCAAGGUUCUAGAUGGGACACGUUGCUACACUGAGUCCCUAGACAUGUGCAUCAGUGGCAUGUGCCAGAUUGUCGGCUGCGAUCAUGAGUUGGGGAGCGCGGUCAAAGAGGACAACUGCGGCGUCUGCGGCGGCGACGGCUCCUCCUGCAGGCUGGUGCGAGGGCACUACAAAUCUCAGCACGCCUCAGGAAAAACGGAGGACACUGUUGUCGUCAUCCCCUUCAAAAGUCGACAUGUGCGUCUUAUUCUGAAAGGACCGGAUCACUUGUAUGUGGAGAGUAAGACUCUGCAAGGCGUGAAAGGCCAAUGCAUCUUGGAUCAAUCAGGGCAGUACCAACUGGAAAACACCACCCUGGACUACCAGAAACUGUCAGAUAAGGAAGUCCUGCGAAUUCCGGGGCCACUUGGGGCUGAUUUCACCAUCCAAGUCCAAUUUGCAGGUGGACCGGACAGCAUCAUCCAAUACAUAUUCUACCAGCCCAUCGUCCACCGCUGGAGGGAAACGGACUUCUUCCCUUGCUCUGUCACUUGUGGCGGUGGGUACCAACUGACGUCCGCGGAGUGCUUCGACCUGCGUAGCGGCCGAGUGGUGGUUGACCAAUACUGCCAUUAUUACCCAGAGAACAGCAAGCCCAAACCCAAACUGCAGGAGUGCAACAUGGAGCCCUGCCUGGCCAGUGACGGCUACAAGCAGAUCAUGCCGUAUGACCUAUAUCACCCCCUCCCUCAGUGGGAGAGCAGCCCUUGGACCGCCUGCUCCACUUCCUGCGGCGGGGGCAUCCAGACUCGCUCGGUUUCCUGCGUGGAGGAAGACAUGCAGGGGACGGUCAUCGCAACGGACGAGUGGAAGUGCCUUUAUGCCCCCAAGAUGGCCAUCCUGCAGCCCUGCAACGCCUUUGACUGCCCCACCUGGAUGGCCCAGGAGUGGUCACCUUGCACUGUGACGUGCGGUCAGGGUCUGCGCUACAGGGUGGUGCUUUGCAUUGAUCACAGGGGGCUCCACGCGGGAGGAUGCAACCCCACCGCCAAGCCCCACAUCAAGGAGGAAUGCCUGGUGACUGUGCCCUGCUACAAGGCCAUCGACACGCUCCCCGUGGAGGCCAAACCGCCGUGGCAUAAGCAGGCCAUAGCCCUGGACGAGGAGACCGUUGUGACCGAGGAGCCGGACUUCAUCCCCGGUGCUUGGCAGCCCUGCAGCAGAACGUGCGGUGCCGGGACUCAGCGGCGCACAGUCAAGUGCCGGGUGUUGCUCUCCUUCUCUCAGACCGUCGCCGACCUCCCCGAUGAUGAGUGCAAGGGCGUCAAACCUGCGGCGAGUCAAGCCUGCUACCAAACUCCCUGUAAGAAGCCAGCGGGCAGCAAUGACCGGGACGUGGAGGAUGAUGAUGAUGAUGAUGAUAAGGAGGAGGAGCAAGAGGAAGAGACCCUUCAGAGAGAGGAGCUGCAUGAAUGGGAGUACGACGGCUUCACCGAGUGUUCCAAGAGUUGCGGAGGAGGUGUGCAGGAGGCCGUGGUCAUCUGCCUGAACAAGCAGACCAGGGAGGCGUCGGCAAACCAGAGUUUGUGCGCGAGCGCCGGCAGGCCCCCGCCGCUUCUCCUGGACUGCAAAACGCAGCCUUGUCCCCCCAGGUGGGAAACGGGGGGGUGGAGCCAGUGCUCCGCUUCCUGUGGGGUCGGCCUGAUGUCCCGCAGCGUGGCAUGCGUCCGUUUGCCGUCUCCGGACAGCAACAGCACUGAGCCUUUGCCAGAUGAAAACUGCCAUGACCCAAAACCAAACCCCAUCCAGGCCUGCAACCGCUUCGACUGCCCCCCCAUGUGGGAGACGCAGGAAUGGGGAGAGUGCUCCAGUCGCUGUGGAGAUGGCGUUGAGAGGAGACGGGUCCUGUGUAAACAGCGCUUGGCCGACGGCAGCAACCUCGAGCUGCCAGACUCAUUUUGUUCCUCCACGGUACCGGCAAACCAGCGGCUGUGUAGCACAGAGCGGCAGUGCACCCCACUUUGGGUCACCAGCUGGUCCCAGUGUUCAGUGACCUGUGGAAAUGGUAUGCAAAGACUUGAGGCGGUCUGCAGGAAACAAGGGCAGGACGGACAAUAUCGCACCGUAGAUCCAAACAACUGCUCCUCUCUGGCGCGACCCACAAGGAUCCGACCGUGCUCUCUUCGGCUCUGCAAGAAUUCACUGAAACCCGACCCGACUAUCCUGGCUCAGAGGAACGUGUAUAUUCAGUGGAGGAAGAGCAAAAAGGUCCACUUGGUGGUUGGUGGCACUGCCUAUCUGCUUCCUUGGACCACCGUGGUCCUUCGCUGUCCCACCCGCCACAUCCGGAAGGCGAAUAUCCAAUGGUUGAAGGAAGGGAAGCCUCUAGUGAGUCUCCCACACCUGUUUGUGACACCACUGGGAUUUGUGAAGAUCCAGCAGGUUGGUCAGUCUGAUGCCGGGACGUACGCCUGCGUCGCCGGGCAAGCCAAGGAGCAUUUGGUCCUCCAGGUCAUUGGAGCCAAGCAGAAGUUGCACGGACCCGAGGCAACAAGGGUACAGGAGCUCUCCAUCUCGCCUAAAACCGAAUACAUUGUCGAGAGCUUGCUUCAAUUCAAGGUUGAACAAAACAAGACCACCUCGGAAGACAGGGGUGACGUCCCCAAUGUUAUCAUUCUUGAUAGUCAGAGGCUGGAUGAGCUCGACAACAUCAGAGGAAAGCAAGGCGAGCAAGUGAUUGCUCAGUUACUCAGCGAGCUGUCCCUGUCCCACGACGAAACCAAUCACUCAGCUUGUCACUCUCCGGAAAUGGAUUUACCCUCCACGCAAGGACCCCUUCUUCGUAAACCCAAAAGCCAUUCGACUAGGUACAGAGCCCCGGUGAUUAUCCAUAGCCCAGAGGAAGUCGGAACGGUAUCGUCUUCCGAUGUGACUGUCAAUGUCGGGGCGCCAAUUUUGCUGCGGAAGCCUUAUGCCAGUUUGGAAAUCAAAUGCGAGACUCUUGGUUACCCGGAACCAUCCUUAACCUGGACCAAAAAUGGAAAACUGUUGCGUCACGCUAGCAAUCUCGACCUGUUGCCAGGCGGCUCGCUGAGGAUUCGGUCUCCAAACCAAGCGGAUGAGGGUCUGUACACCUGCACUGCCCGGAACCGACUCGGGUCCUCGUCACGCUCGUCUUGGUUGCAGAUUAAAGGUGGUAGAGAUGUGUCUACUUUUCCGGUUCAAGCUUGGAGUUUCUGGGAAGUCACACUCUUUUCACUCACACACACACGCAUACACAGUUUGAGCAGAGCCACCGCAAAUGUUUUUACGCCGGGUCGUGAAGCAGUGGCUGGUCUGGCUGAGUCAGUGGUGGGGAAUGUGUGGUGCGUGCCAUCAGCAGAAGUCUCUUCAGAGCCGCACUGUCCCACCUCCCCUCCAAGCGUGACCGCUCGCAAUCUCUCUGGACUCCAAUCAAAGAAAGCGGUGCGCUGCGUGAAGGGCCCCGAAGGCGGCCUGAUGGAGGUGGACCGCCACCGCUGUCUCGGCGCUGGACGGAGACCAUCUGACACCAGGAUGUGUAACAUUAUGCCAUGCGCUACUUGGGCUACGAGCGCGUGGGGAUUGUGCAGUGGUCAAUGCAUGCGUCCAACUUUGGCCAAACAACACCGCCAUGUUUUUUGCCAAGACACAAAUGGCACCAAAGUCCCCUCCAGGAUGUGCAAUCGACUCCAUCGGCCGAGUGCCACGAGGAACUGCUCAGGGGACGCCUGCGCCUCACGGUGGCGAGUCGGACCGUGGACACAGUGCACCGCCACUUGCGGCCGGCAUGGCUUCCAGUCGCGUCGAGUGGUUUGCUUGCAGCGGCCCAGUGGAAGCUGCGUGCAGAGGCGUCGUCCCGUCAGCUGGCAGCGCUGCAAUACGGUGUCCUGCGGCAGAGCUGCCGGAGAGUGUCGCGACAGCACCAGGUACUGCGAGAAGGUGCGGCAGUUGGAGCUGUGCACGCUGGCGCAGUUUAAAAGUCGCUGCUGUCACUCGUGUCUCAAUACCUGAUGAACGGGGGAAACUUCAGAUGCCAUCGAGGACCUCCGCUUCUCCCUGUGAUGCUGCAGGCAUUGACUGAACGGAGGGGCAUAUCACACGAUGGACGUUUUCAGAUGUGACGUGAUGUGAUAACCACUGGAAAGGAUUUGAAACACAUUUUCCAAAGCAUUUUGAGUAGGAAAAAAAAACUCCAAUCUGAGAUCUGAAUUGACAAAUUCAAUAAGGUCGGAGUUUGAAUUGAAUGUUGCACUCAUGACUGAAGCAAACAUGCGAUGGGAGAAAACGGAGAGGAAAGUAUUUUGCACUCAAAACUCAACUAGAGUCUUUGUUAAAAACAUGACUUGUUGAUUUUUUUUUAAUGUUACAUUUCUAUAUAUAUUUGCUUGGUGAUUUUUAAAAAGCUAUACUGUAUGUCUAGAUGUCUAGUUUAACCACUUUUUUAUGCUUUUGCACAUUUAGUCGUGACAUGCUGUCGCCUUUUAAUUCUCCUUUUGGUUUGGCUCCCAGGUGAUCGACAAGUCAGCACAAUGCUGAAAAACAGCAAUAUUGAAGCAUCAUUUUUGCGUUUCUCCUUGAAUUAUUGUUCUUUUCUUUCUAGUAUAUAUUUUUCAUUCAUUAUUUAUUCACCAGAUUGGCACUUUUGGAUUAAAGUGCAACAUGUUACAGAUGCUUGGGAUUUUAUUGAGGUGCGAUUGUUUGAUUUUAUGAGAAGAAACGGUUAUCAACAUAUCAAGUAUACGCUUCAGUUGUGUAGAUGUGUAUUUUGCCUUAUUUAUUUUCAUGCGUGUCUAUGUGUAUAGUUUUGUUGAGAAAUAAAAUGGUUGGAUUUUAA